GUGCAUGACAGAACAAUGACACUGAAGAUAACACUGUCCAUGUUGCUGAUGAUUUUUAAGUUUGUGUCUUUAAAACACACCGGACUUUUCGCUCCUGGGAACAUCAUCAUCGGAGGCCUUUUUCCGAUCCACACUGCAGUGGUGCAACAAGAGAACAUUUCUGAUCACCAGACCAAGUGCACCAUCCUGAGUCCAGCCGGUCUGGCUCAUACCCUAGCCAUGAUCCAUGCAGUGGAAACUGCAAACAUCUCACCUGAAUUAACACACCUGGGCAUCACUCUGGGAUACCACAUCCACGACACAUGUUCAGAUGUUACCACUGCACUCAGAGCCACCAAGGACUUUACUGCUGACUGCACAUCUGGAACAAAAACUUCCCAAUACACCCGUCCAGUGAAAGCAGUGAUUGGAGCGUAUCAUUCUGAGACGUCCAUCGCUGUGGCAAGAAUGCUCAACCUGCAGUCCAUACCUCAGAUUAGUUACGCUUCCACAGCAGAUAUUCUGAGUGACAAGGGUCGUUUCCCAGGGUUUCUGCGCACUGUUCCAAGUGAUGUACACCAGACAAGUGCCAUGGUUCAGUUUCUGAGUGGGAGAAAAUGGACCUGGGUGGGUCUCCUGACCACGGAUGGAGACUAUGGACAUGCUGCUUUAGACAGUUUUGUUUCACAGGCAACUAAAGCUGGAAUUUGUGUGGCUUUUACAGAAAUACUUCCUGACUCUCUAAAUGAUAAACAAAAGCUGGAGGUCACAAUCUCUCGCACUGUUCAGACCAUCUACUCAAACCCAAAGGUGAGAGUCAUCGUGUCUUUCACUAAACCAGAGCACAUGAAGAAAGUGUUUAGUUUACUGGUGGAGCUCCCUACAGACCGGCGUCUCUGGAUUGCAAGUGAUAACUGGUCCACAGCUGGAGAUGUGCUCAGUCCUCAGCAUCUGGAACGUGUUGGAUGGGUUCUGGGAUUUUCAUUCAAAAACAAAAACAUCACAGACUUUGAGGAAUAUAUAAAAAGUUUAGAACUUGACAGUGAUGCUCAGAAGAACAACUCAUUUCUUAAAGAGUUUCAUUCCUCAUUUGCAAACUUAGUGAAUGCAGGUCCAGCUAAAAUUUCCACCGCUUCAGAUGUGCUGAUAACAAGGGCUCAGGUAGGCGUGGUGUUCAGUGUUCAGAUGGCGGUGAACGCAGUCGCUCAGGUGGUGGCGUCCAUCUGCAAAAACACAGACUGCAUGGCUUCAGGGGCUGUAAAAUGGCAUGAGCUGCUGUCCACCUUAAAGAACAGAAGGUUCGAGUUGGAUGAUGUCUCAUAUGAGUUUAAUAAGGAUGGAGACAUUAACCUCGGCUAUGACGUUUCUCUGUGGAAUGCUGAAGGAGUAAAAGUGGAGCUGCUGAACAUUGUAUCUCACUAUCAGCCAUCAGACAGCAGUCUGAACACCACCACAGUAACACUGAGUUUGGUGUCUAAAUGCUCAAACAGCUGUGAACCGGGACAGUUUAAAAAAAGUGUUGAAGGUCAGCACACUUGCUGUUAUGAGUGUAUCGACUGUGCAGAGAACCAAUACACCAACAACACAGAUAUGGAUCAGUGCUACAGUUGUGAUGUGAGCAGCGAGUGGGCAGAGGCAGGCAGUUCGGUGUGCAGGAUAAAGCUGGUGGAUUAUUUCUCCUGGACUGACCCCUUGGCAGUGGUGUUGGUUUCUCUCGCGGUUCUUGGUGUGCUUGUGGUUUUUGCUGUAUCAGCUCUUUUUUUGCAACACAGAGGUUCUCCGGUGGUGAAGGCGGCUGGUGGGUCCUUGUGUCAGCUCAUCCUCAUGUCUCUGAGUGGAAGUUUUGCGAGUGCCAUACUGUUUGUAGGAAAGCCGACAGCCAUGCAGUGUAAAGUGCGUCAGGUUCUUUAUGGCCUCAGUUUCACUGUCUGUGUUUCCUGCAUCCUGGUAAAGUCUCUGAAGAUCCUGCUGGCAUUCCACAUGAACCUGAUGGUAAAGCAGCAACUGCGUCGUCUCUAUAAGCCAUAUGCAAUUGUAAGCAUGUGUGUGGCGUUGCAGGUUGUGACCUGUUCAUGCUGGUUAGUCCUCAAAAGCCCUACAACCUCAUCAUCUGUGUUUCUCAGGAGUGUCCUAGAGGAGUGUGAUGAGGGAUCAUAUGUAGCGUUUGGAGUGAUGCUAAGCUACAUUGCUCUAAUGGCAUUAGUCUGUUUUGCCUUUGCUUUUCAAGGACGAAAACUUCCACAGAAAUACAAUGAGGCAAAAUUCAUCACCUUUGGUAUGUUGAUCUACCUCAUCGCAUGGAUCAUUUUCAUCCCCACAUAUGUCAACACAAAGGGGAAAUACCUUCCGGCCGUGGAAAUGAUCGUCAUCCUGAUCUCCAGCUACACUGUCCUGAGCUGCCAAUUUCUCCCAAAAUGUUACAUCAUCAUAUUCAGGAAGACUCAGAACACCAGAGAUGCCUUUGUUAGGAGCAUUUAUGAAUAUUCCAAAAGGACUGUGGAAAACUUUUGUCCAUCACAAAGAGAGAAACAAACGGCACCUCAUGCCUCGUCUAACCCGAGCUUUGUUCCUGAGAACCUGACGUAG